AUGGCUUUUUAUGUGAUUCUACUGCUGUUUUUCGGAGGACAGGCUUUUGCUCAAAUAAGAUACUCUGUCCCAGAGGAGGUAAGAGACGGAACUGUCGUUGGGAACGUUGCGAAGGAUCUUGGCCUGGACAUCGCCUCUUUGAUUGAUCGACGGUUCCGCGUUGUGUCUGGAAGUGAAGACGCUAUUUUUGAAGUAAACCAGAAUAAUGGGGCACUGUUCGUCAAUAAUCACAUUGACAGAGAGGAGCUCUGUCAGGGCAGUGGCGCCUGCCUUAUGGAGCUGAAAAUCCUCGUGGAAAACCCUUUGGAAAUACACUACGCUGUUGUGGAAAUUACUGAUGUGAAUGAUCAUUCUCCCAGUUUUCCCGAAAAGAAUCAGACAUUUGAAAUAGCGGAACAUACGCUGCCAGGAAAGCGAUUUCAGCUCCACACUGCUCGUGACCCUGAUGCUGGAGUUAACUCAAUUCGUACGUACACUUUAACGGCAAAUGAACAUUUUGAAAUAAAUAUCCGUCAAAGCGAUGCGGGUAAGAUACCAUUUUUAGUGCUUAAGAAAUCGUUGGACAGAGAACAAAAGAACACACACACUCUGCUGGUGACUGCAGUCGACGGAGGUAAACCUCCGAGAUCAGGCACAUUAAAUGUUUCCAUUAUUGUUCUCGACAGUAAUGACAAUCGCCCUGUAUUCAGUCAGGAACUGUACGAAAUUUUAAUUCAAGAAAAUGUUCCUCUUGGCACGUUAGUGUUUAGAAUGAAUGCAACAGAUCGCGAUGAAGGCUCUAAUGGGGAAAUUGAGUACACGCUUGGAAAAACCUUGUUGCGGAAGGUCUAUGAAAUUUUUGAAUUGGACAAAUUAAGUGGAGAAAUAAAAAUAAAAGGAGUAGUAGACUUUGAAGAAAACGAUGUUUAUGAACUGGAUGUGGAGGCAUCCGAUAAAGGAACACCUCCACUGACAGGUGAGUGUAGAGUCAUUAUCAAAAUUAAAGACGUCAACGACAAUCCACCGGAAAUAGAAAUAACGUCACUGUCAGAUACAGUGUCAGAAGACUCAAAACCUGGAACAGCUGUUUCACUUCUUAGUGUGCGGGACAAAGACUCAGGGGUUAACAGAAAAAUAAUUUCACAAAUAACUAAUGACGUGCCGUUUGAAUUAAAGGCCUCAUAUAAGGAGAAUACCUAUUCAGUUAUUACAAAUGAUUAUUUAGAUCGAGAGCAGGUGUCACAUUAUGAGAUAACAAUAAAAGCCACUGACUGCGGUGAACCUCCCUUAUCUACUUUUAAAACUCUCAACAUUCGGAUUUCAGAUGUAAAUGACAACAGUCCACAUUUUGAAGAAGGAACGUUAGAGUUUUAUCUGUCAGAAAAUAAUGUUGCUGGAAAUUCGAUUUUCUCUGUGAGGGCAACAGAUAAUGAUUUGAAUGACAAUGCAGCUAUUUCAUAUCAUAUUGUCAGAGAAGGGAAUAAAAAUGACAUAAUGGCUUUCCUCAACAUAAAUUCUGAUAACGGUCAUAUUACAUCCUUAAAAUGUUUUGACUUUGAAACAGUGAAAACUUUCAAGUUCCACGUUGUUGCGUCAGAUUCUGGAACUCCGUCACUGAGCAGCAACGUCACAGUGAACGUGUUCAUUCUGGAUCAGAACGACAACGCUCCAGUCAUCCU